GGGCCGCGCGCCGUGUCCGUCCGCGCGGGGGGCGAUGGCGAUGGCGGGCCCGGCGCGGCUGGUGCGGGGCGGGCAGAAGGACGAGCUGUACCGGGCCGGGCUGCGCAGCGGGGCCGGCACCGCGCUCCGGGGGCUGGCGGGUGCCCGGCCGUGGCUGCAGUGGCGGCGGGAGGUGGAGCUGCUCUCCGAUGUGGCCUAUUUCGUGCUCACCACGCUCUCAGGGUAUCAGACUCUGGGCGAGGAGUACGUGAACAUCAUUCAGGUCGACCCCAGCAGGAAGAAGGUGCCUUCUCUGCUCCGCCGGGCCGCCUUCAUCUCCCUGCACACCGUGGUGCCCUACUGCCUGGAGAAGGCCCUGCUGCACCUGGAGCACGAGCUGCAGGAGGAGGGUGAGGAGUCCCGGAGCCCCGGGAGCGGCCCAGCAGCGGCACUGCCCAGCAGGACCUUCCUGCGCAGCUGGAUCCGCAGGCGGCUGGGGCAGCUCCCGGAGCAGCAGAGGAAAACUGCCUCCCAAGCUGUGUAUGUCCUGAAACAAUCCAUCCCCCUGCUGCACCGGCUCCACCUGGCGCUGUUCUACAUCCACGGCACCUUCUACCACCUCUCGAAAAGGGUCGCGGGCAUCUCGUAUGUGAGUGACGUGUUCCGUGUCUCACGUGUCAGUGACGUGGUGUCCACGGCCCUGCUGUGGCCUCUCCUGGGAUGCCAUGUGUGUAACAGGGAUUUGGCUGUGGGGGAUUAUAAUGGGAGGAAGUUUUUUGCAUCCCUGCAGUCGAGGUUACAGGUAAUAAAUGUGAAUGUCAGAAGCUGUAAGUUCUGACCCUGUGUAACUUCAGUGUGUCUGCCACAAAUACAUCAAAAGUGAGAAGGGACUUAAUAAAUCCACAGGAAACACUGAAAUAUAGUUCUGAACAAAAACCAGUGCACAUUUAUAGAGCAUUUUUCUAUAAGAAGAGCUUAAUUUUGUAUCUUUGCAAAAAAACCCAUCAGCCACUGGCCCAGAAAUGCCUAGAGGCACAAGACUCAACAAUUCCCAGUGUUGGUGUGGAGAAGAGGUGUCUGACUGUUUGCUCAGUGACACAAGAAAAUCAAAACAAGCAAAGCUGCUGUUUUGAUGGACAGACAGACAACUGAUCCUGCAUAGACAGCAGCUAAGUCCAGGCUGACUGAAGGUGAUCAGACCUCCUCAGACACAGCAGCUUGAGAAGCCCUACAAACACGUCAAUUUUUUGGACACAAAUGAGAAUCCCAAAUCAAGUUUAUUGAAAGGGGGGGAGGAAUAGUUUCAUAAAACCACAUUUCUGUUUCUGUGAAU